CUCAGGCAAAGUUGUCAGUGUCUUCUUCAGUUAUCAUGUACAGAGACACAGUACAGCUGGAGUGUAGUAACAGUGAGAAUCAGAAGAUGGACGCGUGUUACUUCAUAAUAGAUGGAAGAGAAAGUAAACCGAGCAGAUCAUGUCAACUAUCACUCACUGGAUCAGACAUCAUUAUUUGGUCAGGAGGUCAGAGGUCAUCUGUCAACAUAACCUGCUACUACAGUGUGAAUACAUCACAAGGUCUCAUGCCAUCUCCACGUUCAGAUCCAGUAACAGUAACAGUUCAGAACACAGAAAUGUGGCAAAUAUGGUGGUCAGCAGUGGCGUGCUCUGUGAUUGUACUCGCAGGACUCAUAUGUCUGUGCACAUUUGCAUACAAAAAAAGAUCUAAGCGUAAAAGAACUGCAGGAGAAACGCGUGCUUCUGGACCUGCAAAUAUAUACUCUCUCAUCACUUCUGUACCAGACACAUCUAAACCCACAGCUAAACACCAUGAAAGUGAACCAGAGACUUACUCGCUCAUUACUUUAACUUCCCAGCCUUCAGAUGUUUUGGUUAAUACACAACACAAGAAGGGACAUACUGAAGAUGAUGAAAUUGUUUAUCACGUCUACUGCACCAUCCCAGACAAACCAGUAAGAGCUGUUGCUAAAGAUCAGAUCUACAGUUUGGCUACCUGACUUUCACUCAAUACUUUGUUCAUUGUACAUCUUUUUGUUUAUUAUUGAUUUACAUUAUUGGUGUGUAUUUGUUAAAUGUUUAAAAGAUAAAGCAUCUUUAUUUACUGACAAACAUUCAUGAUUGUUAAUCAGAGUUUAUAGUUUCUAUAUUUAACAGUUAGACAUCACGAGACAAAUCAGUUAAUAAUAACAGUGCUUACAGUAAAUGCGUUCGGUUACGUGGACACGUUAGCUGAGGAGAAAUUAAGAGUAAUAGUCACAUAACUUGUGUUUUCAUGUUUUCUGUGAUGAUUCUCCACAAAAUAAGAUUUUUAUUCGUUUCCUUGUUGAACUUUCUUGUCGUAUGACUUUUGAUUCCCAGUGUAUUCCUUGAGUAAUAAUUGAGUAAUGCGUAAUAGUAUUACUUAAAGAAAAACACCACCAUUUUAUAAUAUUUUACUACAUGUAUGUUCUUACCUCAACUUAGAUGAAUUAAUACAUCCCUAUCUUUUUUCAAUGCAUGUACUUCAUCUUUGUACAGUGCAUCGUGAAUGUGUUAGCAUUUAGUCUAGCCCCAUUCAUUCCUUAGGAUCCAAACAGGGAUGAAUUUAGAAGCCACCAAACACUUCCAUGUUUUCCCUUUUUAAAGACUGUUACACGAGUAAGUGGGUGAUUCUCACGAAAACUUGGUUUUAAAAAUGUCAAGCAUGAAAAUGUAAAAAUUUAUUAAAUUAACUUUUUUUCCCACCAAACAUUGAAAAACAAAGUCUGGAGUAAAUGGGAACAUUAAUUUAAAAACUUUUACUUAUCAUUUAACACUUUUUGUAACAUAAUUUAAAAAAAAUAGUCCUAAAAAAUCUCAUUACCGCAACAGUCAGAAAACAUCAACACUGACAUAUUUUCAAAAUGACAUGACAAACCUGAAAGAACAUAAUUUGGAGAUUCUGCACAUGCAUUUAAAAUCAAAGUAUUAUGCUUCUAUUAAUUAAAUUAACAUUUAAUAAGCAUCUGUUGCGGUAAUGAUAAUCAAAAUGUCGUGUAAGCAUUCUGACAAGACAAUAUUUCAAAUUAACUGUAAAAAAAUGAUCUUACCUGGUAGCCAUCUUGAAGUAACUGGUCCAUGUGCUUGGUCACUCAAAAUCAAACUUUAUUAAAAUUCUGUAUGUGUGCUUAAACUGUUCUCAAAAAGUGUUGCGGAGGAUGAGAACAUCAGGCAUGGACACAUCAUUUUCCUAAUUUUUCUUCAUUAUUAUUAUACAUGAAUAUUCAGUAAAUAUUUUUUCUGUCAUCUAAAGUAGUCUAGGAAAACAUCCAUUUAUUUUUUUUCUUAAUAUUUUUGUGUUAAUUUGAUUAAAUUACAACAUAACCCAUGUUUAAACACAGCCGGACACAUUGCGGUAAUGAGAAUUUCAGCAGAAAAUGAGAUAAAAUUUACAAUUAUAAAUUCUUAUGUUGAAAUCACACAUUGUGCAAGGUAGAACACAGUAUUGUGUUAAUUCUGAUGCUUUUUAAUGUUACUAUAUUACACAUUUUAAAGCUAAAAUCAUUAGUGCCGUGGUGUUUCAAUGGAUUCGUGAGAAUCACCCAAGUAUGGUGGCACAAAAUAAAAUGUGGUGAUUUAAGCAGAAAAAAAGUGAACUAUAUUGUAUUGUACUGAUAACCCAGGAUUGCGUUAACCUAGGGUUUGGAAUAACCUGGGGUUAACUAUUUAAAGAAUAAAAAGCCAUAUUGUGCGUGAUGCAGAUAUUUAUUUUAUUUGUUGCUGUUUGACUGAUAUGUUUAUCGCACAUUACAACACAACACUUUCAGACUUUGUACCUGCGGAUGGAAAGGGUGACAAGACUGUGGGUGUCUGCGGUCCUUCAGAAACUGCGGUCCAGUCUGUCACACUUCAGAGACUUAUUAUGUGCUCAAGGGUCAAGGCAUAAUGUUAUAGGAAUUCUCGCAUGUUGAAAUGUCCAUGUUUGGUAUUCAUGCACACAAGCUGACGCAAAAGUGUCAUUUGUAUCUGUUUUACCAGCUUAUAAUAAAAGGAUAUACAGUAAAUGAUUUUAAUAAGUUCCAUGGUAACUGGAGGGGUGGAGCUACAGUUACAUUUAUUCUCAACAACCACCAUAAACAGAUUACUGCUGGGAA